AUGUUCUUUUUCGGUGAUAAGUGUAAACGAGUUUCAAACGGAAAGAAAAGUAUUCCAGAACAUCACCAAUAUGGCGAUCCUGCCAAUGAUAGACGCUUCAAUUCAUAUCCGCUGGCUUUAACUGACUUGAUAAGCAGAGAACGGGAGAAUUCGGGGGCUGCUUCAUUUCCCGUAUGCCCCAAUAUCGGAAAUAUCAUGAGAUAUGCAAUUAUUUAG